AUGGCUCCCAACACUAUGUCGAAGGAUUGCAUUGAAAGCAAUGUCCACACACUUAAUGGCAAAUCCGAAGCCAACAAACCAGUGGACAGACCGUACAAAGUGGAGUUAGUUUGGCGUAAUGUCAUACUAAUGGCAUUGCUUCAUAUGGCAGCACUUUAUGGUAUCAAUAUUGCCAUUUUUAAAGCCAAAUUGACAACUAUUGUGUUUGUCCACUGCAUUGCCAUAAUGUCUUCAAUGGGUGUUCAGGCCGGUGCUCACCGUCUGUGGUCGCAUCGGGCAUACAAAGCAAAACUGCCUUUACGUUUAAUUCUGGCCUAUUUCCACAUUAUGGCCUUUCAAAAUGACAUAUAUGAAUGGUGUCGCGACCAUCGGGUGCACCACAAGUAUACGGAAACUAAUGCCGAUCCGCAUAACGCUAAACGCGGUUUCUUUUUCUCGCACGUGGGCUGGCUAUUGGUUAAGAAACAUCCGGACAUAAAAAAUAGAGGCAAAAAUGUAGACCUAAGCGACUUAAUGGCAGAUCCAGUUGUCAGAUUUCAGCGCAAAUUUUACAUACCAUUACUGUUGCUCAUAUGGGGUGUCAUACCAACGGUAAUUCCACACAUGUUAUGGUCGGAAAGUCUGUGGAACUCCUGGUUUGUGUGUGUAAUGUUCCGACAUUGUCUCACUCUUAACCUAACCUGGUUAGUCAACAGUGCUGCCCAUAUGUGGGGCAGUCGACCCUAUGACAAAAACAUUGAGGCCCGAGAGGCAACCGUACGCCAUCUGCUUAUGGGCGAAGGCUUUCAUAACUAUCAUCACACAUUUCCGUGGGACUACUCGGCCUCAGAAUUGGGUGCUUUCGAUGUGUUCAAUCCGGCCACAGCUUUCAUCGACUUUUUUGCAAUGAUUGGUUGGGCUUACGAUAGGAAAGUGGUUUCCAGAGAAGUGAUUGAACGCAAACAACAACGAAGUGCUAAACUCGAAGACAAACGUGAAAUCCGAGGUUUGGUUCAUUCAAUGUACGAAUGGGUCGGCGGUGUUGCCGUCUUUUGUAUACCAUUACUGAUUGUCCAUAUCUUCAAAUUGGUUUACACAUAA